AUGGAGUGUAAAAUUGACGAUUUACCAGAUGUCUUAUUGGAAUAUAUUUUAAGUCUAAUUCCACCAUAUAAAGAUCUUCAAGAAUGUAAACUUGUAUCCAAAAGAUGGUUCCGUGCUACCAAAAAUGUAAUCCAACAUAAUAAAGCACAUUUUCAUAAAUCUGUGGCUUAUGGAUCGUUACUUUGGAAUCCAUGGCCAUCUACACAUUGGAUGCCCAUAAUUGCAAAGAGACAUUCACAUUCUGCUUGCAUAUAUGAAAACUCUAUGUAUGUUUUUGGUGGAUGUACUGCUACAUGUACAGCAUUUAAUGACUUAUGGAGAUUAGAUCUAGAUACAAGAGCAUGGGUUAGAUUAAUCACUAUGGGAAGUUAUCCAUCUCCUAAAGCUUCUGCUACAAUGUUAUAUUACAAGAAAAGCUUCAUUUUAUUUGGUGGAUGGUCUCAUCCAUCACCACAUCCUUUACAUCCACGAUGGAAAUUAUUCAAUGAAUUACAUGUAUAUUCUAUAGAAUCCAAUAAAUGGAUUGCUAUAAAUACCUUGGAAACACCUCCACCCACUUCUGCACAUUCUGCAUCAAUCCACAAAAACUACAUGAUUGUUUUUGGUGGUAUAUGUAAUGGAUACAGAUCCAAUGACAUAUGGUGUUUGAAUCUGGAUUCAUAUAGUUGGCACAAACAGGCCACUUCAAACUUGAAGCCACAACCACGUUAUGGUCAAUCUCAGAUAGAACUUGGAGAUAAACAUCUUCUUGUAUUAGGAGGGUGUACUGGACCCAAUGUUGCUAUGAAUGAUGCUUGGUUGUUAACAAUGGAAGGUGCAGCAUGGACAUGGAGAAAAGUAAACAUGCACAAUACAGAAUGGGCACCAACACGUAUUUGGUGUCACCAAGCUUGUAAGGUGGGAAACUAUGUUAUCGUUCUUAGUAUAAAUAAAUGUCAGAAUAAACCGAAUGAUAUGAGUAUAUCACUAAAGAAGGUCACUUGUCAAAGGACAGCACCACCAAGAACAAGUGAUUCAUCUCCUUUACAUGGAAGACAAGCAAAUGUAUUUCAAUUCGUUAGAGAUGAAAACAUUAAUGGCCGGCAUGGAACUUUUUCAAAAAUAUCUGUACAAAAUUCAUCUCCAUCGUCAUAUCCUCCUAUUUUUACAAAAAAUUUAACAUUAUCUAACGAUAAUGUUUUAAGUAUGGCCGCUUUUCGUAACGAAAAGCGUAACGGUACUAACAGCCAUCGACAACGUCAAUUAGAAUAUCUUCGUAGAAUGGAAGAAAGUAUUCGAAAGCGAAGAGCACAGACAAAACCUGCAAAGAAAACAGGAAAUACAUUGUCUAUAUUUGUGUUAGAUAUUACGAAUGUCUUAUGUGAUGAGUGCAGUGCUUCAUGGAUUCCUUUAAAGCACAAUGAUCAAUCAGGCCCUGAUGAAAGAAUACUUUACUCGCUUGUAGCUGGUCGCGGUGAAUUAAUAGUAUUUGGAGGCAUUCGAAAAGAACAAACAUCUAUACAAAAUCAUCCUGACAUGGAUGAGUCUGAAGUUUAUAACGAUCUACAUUUUAUAAAUCCGCCUAGAUAUGUUAUUUAAUAUGU